AUGCGUUCUUUUGCUGAUAACAUGUCUUUACAACGUCAUUAUUUAUGGAGAACAUAUGCUUCAGGUGAUAUUGGUGGUAAAGAUGAUAUUCGAGACUGGGGUAUGAAUAAUGAUGAUUGGGUUAAGCUUUGUGAUAAUGGUUUCGUAAAAAAAUUCAAUAGUCCUGAACCUUUACAACAUUUUAGGAGGCUGGCAUAUUUCAGAAGACAAGGUCCAGAUGAAGUAAAGGCUUUGGAAAAUCUGAAAAUCAAAGAAGCAAUGCAAUGGGAAGAAUCACAAGAUUCUCUGGAUCCAGCCUCAAAUGAUUUACAUAAAUUUUAUUCGGCAAAACAGUGGGAGGCAGUACGCGAUCUUUUCCAAUCAAUAGGAUUCAGUGGUAUUGAUGAUACAGAGAUUCUUUCUGGCGAUGAUACCAGAGCUAAAGGAUUGCCCGAUCUCAAGGCUACAGUAAAAUUGAUUAAUGCAAUAGUAGGAAAUUGGUGUGGUUAUACCAUUAAGAGUGGCGAAACUCGUGUAGGUCCAAGAACUAAUCAAGUACGGAAAAAAACAUACUGGAUUAAUUGUGUGCCAGAUAAUGGAGCUGGUUUUGAAACUAUAGAAAGAAUAAUAGCUAUAAAAUCAAAUGAUCCUAAUUAUCACCCUACAAUUCCAGUUCUUCCACCGUACAAGCCAGAAUCAAUUGAUGAAACUCAAGAACUUUUCGAUUCUAUACCUAUUACCACUGAUAUUACCAUUUCAGAAGAAACAAAAUUUCAGUAUUCUACAUUAUCUAGUAAUGAGAUUCAUGAAGAGAAUUCUUGCAAUAAUAUAGUUGAACAACUCUCAAGUAUUACUGAAACUAAGAUUGAAAUACUUGAAUCUUUAGAUACUAUAUCUUUAUCUUCAGAAUAUCUCAUCAAAAACGAAUCUGAUAUAGAUACCCUUAUCUUCCAUUUACAACAAAAAUAUCAAAUGUCUCAAGAAAGGUUAAAACAAUGGCGAACUAAGAUUGCUUUUGAGUUGCGGGAUAACCAAAAUUACUGGAAAAAAGAGCGUGAGAGUAUGAGUGAGGCCGAGUUCUUGGAAUACAAGCGAAACUUUGAGGCUAAAAUGAAAGUUCCUACUACUCCACACAAAAAAGAAUUGAAAAAUAAAUCUUUAGCAAUCAUUGAAUAUGCGUAA